CAAAUCCGCCACGAGCUCUCCUUACUGUUCACCCGUCAAUCUCGAGGCGGGCUUCCGCAAGUUACUCACGAAGUCCGAUGGAGCGUCGAUUUUGUAGAUCACGAUGUCGUCUGCAGUAACAAAGCGUAAAUACGUAUUCCAAGAGCUCGGCGACAUGAGUCUUCCUACGGAUUCGCAAAGUAUCGUACGAAUUGUCCAGGCGCGCGGGCACAAUCUUCACGAAGUCGUCACCCCCACCGGAGAACGGUUCAUCGUCUCGAUGCCCACCAAGUUCAGGCAAAACAUCUGGGUGAAGAGGGGUGAUUACAUUGUUAUCGUGCCAAUCGAGGAAGGCAAGAAAGUCAAGGGCGAAAUUGUUAAGAUACUCACAAAGGAUCACAUAAAAUGGUAUCGUGAACAGAAUUGUUGGCCGCCGGAAUUCGAUGAGGAUCCAAAGAGGAACGGGCAUUCGAUAGCGACGAAUUACACUACGUGCGAUGACGAGGAGCUUUUCGUAAAUACGAAUAGGUGCCCCACUAAUCAGAUAGACGACAGUGAAAGUGAUUCAGAUUGUGAAUCAGAUUCUCAUUAACUCAAAACUUUCCUUUUUGCAUACGAUGCAAAAGUGUACAUACAUAAUUUUGUAUCUGUAAAUUAAGAAGCAAGUUUUUCUUAUUACCUUUAUGUACCUAGGUUAAAUAAAGUAUUUUUUUGCAUAUAACAUCGAGCUGUGUCCUCUAUGUCCGAAUUAUUGUAAAAUUUGAUUUAAACUUUGUGGAAAAAACUUGAGACUUCUUUUCAACUUACAAUACAUUCUCUAUAUUCU